AUGCUUAGAAGCUUAAGUCGUGCGGUAGCUAUCAAUGUAGGCCCAAUGAAAUGUUUGGGAAAAGGGACGCCUUCUAUGGGUAUAGGUAUGCUCAUUCGCUAUAACAGUACAUCGACUAAAAAUACUCCUGUGAAAGAGAGUACCCUUACGGGACCGGUAGAUACAACUCCAUUGAAACUGUCAAAUGAACUAUUUGCCGAAUUUAGAGUUCACGGUAGACCAUAUGUGGUAACAGAAGGUGACAAAGUCAUAUUACCAUAUAAAGUGAAGAAUGCCGAAGUUGGAGAUAUUUUAAACCUUACCGAUGUCAGAACUAUUGGGUCCAGAAACUACAAGUUAGUGAAUGACCCUAUAGAUCCUUCGUUAUAUAAUUUGAAAGCGACUGUUCUGGAGAAGACGAAACGUAAGUUUGAAAUAAGAGAAGUUACUAAGAGAAGAAAUAGAAGAGUACGUCAUGCUAAGAGUAAAGGUGAUCUAACUAUGAUUAGAAUCAGUGAGUUGUCCGUAAAUUGA